CUUGUGUGUAUGACGUCACUUCUUGUGUUCAUCAAGUUACUGGUAGAGUUGACAUCCAUUCGGGUUACAAGCAAACAGUCUCUACCCUACCCUUAAAGAAAAGGACAUGCCCCUUUUUGGGAAAUCCCAGAAGAGUCCCCAGGAAUUAGUAAGGUCCCUGAAGGAGGCUCUAGGGGCAGUUGUCAAGGGCCAGGCUGGGGAAAAGAAAGCUGAUAAGGCUACGGAAGAUGUCUCAAAGAACCUGUCGGCUAUAAAGACCAUUCUGUAUGGCGCUGGAGAUCAGGAGCCCCAGACCGAGCUGGUGGCUCAGCUCUCACAGGAAAUUUACAACACGCACAUUUUACUGACUCUAGUACAACAACUGCCCCGCAUUGAUUUUGAGGGCAGGAAAGAUGUUGUUGCUAUUUUCAACAACCUUCUGCGACGGCAGAUUGGUUCUCGCACCCCUACUGUGGAAUACAUUGUCACCAAACAAGAAAUUCUUUUUGAUCUUAUGAAGGGAUAUGAAAACCAAGAAAUCGCCUUAAACUGUGGCAUGAUGCUGAGGGAGUGUUGUCGGUAUGAGGCUCUGGCUAAAAUCAUGCUCUUCUCCCCAGAAUUCUACAGCUUCUUUGAUUAUGUGGAAGUGUCAACAUUUGAUAUAGCCUCUGAUGCAUUUUCAACAUUCAAGGAGUUGCUUGUGAAGCACAAAAUGCUGUCGGCGGAAUUCCUGGAGAAUAACUAUGAGAAAGUUUUUACGUCCUACCAGAGAUUGCUCAACUCUGAAAACUACGUCACGAGGCGUCAAGCACUCAAGCUACUAGGAGAGCUCCUGUUAGAUCGACACAAUUUCACCACCAUGACGAGAUAUAUCAGCAAUCCCGACAAUCUGAAGCUGAUGAUGACCAUGUUACGAGAAAAGAGUCGCAAUAUACAGUUCGAAGCCUUCCAUGUAUUUAAGGUGUUUGUAGCAAACCCAAACAAACCAAAGCCCAUUCUCGACAUUUUGUUACGGAACAAAGAAAAACUUGUGGACUUUUUAACCAAAUUUCACACAGAGAGAUCGGAUGAUGAACAGUUUAACGAUGAGAAAGCAUAUCUUAUAAAACAAAUAAAAGAACUGAAAUCACCCGACGAAGCGUCAUAGUAAUGAUGGGAUCUAGUUGUCAUGGUUUCCAGCUCUAGAUUAUACAUCAGUCACAAAGAAGUCUCUUCCUGUGUCCUUUGACCUUGACCUUUGAUCGAGUGACCUAAAAAGCAUCAGCCGAGGUCUUGCACUUAAACAAUUCUCUGUUCAUUUAGGAUUUGAUGAAAAAUUCAAAAAAUGAUUUGCUUUGCUGUAUAUACGAAUAGUAUGCAUACGAAAAAGGGAAUGUGAUUUGUUUCUUAACCCCCUAAAGAAGUGUUCUGUUGUAAGGACCUGAUUUUGGAGUGCUACUAGAUCUUUGGUGCCAAGGUGUUCUACUGUAUUUUUUCUUUUUAAGUUACCAUAUUGCUUGAUUUCUGCAUAUGAUAUAUUUUGUCUUGGCUAAAUUUUCAUUUUUAAUUAAUUAUAUUUUUUAAUAUAAAAAAUUUCAAUGAUUGAUUCUUGAAGGAACAUGUUGGUGAAAAAAAUGCCAGCAUUUGAAAACGGAAAUAUUCAUGGUUCAAAUGCCUCUGGUACUUGAAUUUUCACUGUUUGUUAAAGAAUUAGAUUGAUUUUCAGUAUGUUCAGAAGUGCUUUAAAUUAAACUGUACAAAAAUAUUCUAUUUAUGAAAAAAAUACAUUGUGUUGUGAGUAAUUUAAGGCAAGUUUAACCUUUGUUAAAGAAAUAAAUAGUACAUCUAUAUUGUAUAGUGAUUUUUAUGUUGUAUGAUUUUUUUUUCCUCAGAAAAGCUUGAUCUAUUUAAUUGUGAAAGAUUCACAUGUACAUGUAUAUGACCUCAGAAAUGGACAGGAAACACAGGCACUUGCUGAUUUGAAUUUUUUUAAUUACAAAAAAUAUUACCUUAUAAAAUGGGAUUAUAAUUUUUAUUAUAAGGAAAAAUAUAUAACAUUAAGUAGCUGUGAUAAGAAGUGCAAAAAAAUGUUCUUCAAAAUUUUUGCCCAUGUAUCCAACAUAUUUCAUUAGCCUAUAUAUAUAUAUAUGCAGGAAAUUCAUUAAAUAUGUGUUACUUUAUUUAACUUCUGUUCGCUGUAUGAUUAUUUUUCUUUGGUUUUUGCUAAAAGGACAUUCAAUAUUGAUCAUAAAAAUGACAAAAUCAAGUGCUACGUAUUAUUACACCAUUUGAUUGUCUAUUAUUGUACAAUUUUCAGUAGGGUAAAAUAAAAGUAAAACCUUUAAGGAUUUAUUUCGUAGGCCUAUAAAACUUGUGAAUUUCUGUGUAAACUGUCUUCUAACCACCUUGCCAUGGCAUACCUGGUAUCAGUAAGGUCAGAAUUUGUCUCCCCAACUAUUCUUUUAUUGUUAUAAAGAUGACACUGGUGAGAAAUGUUAAGGUCUGCGUAUAAGACCAGAUAUGUAACUUUUUUUAUGAGUAGCUAGUUUAACAUUUAACAAUGUAUUUAAUUUCAUGUAUUACUCAUUUGUAUUCAUAAUAGUGCUAAUUUUUUGAAAUAUAUUUAUGACUUUUAUUUUGGGGGUAGGGUUGGGUUUAAGAGAUUGAAGAGAAGCAGAUAAAUUUGUAACUUAUUAAUUAAGGAUUUUUUUGUUUAAUGAAAUUCACACUAAAACUUCCUCAACAAUAAUUGGGACAGUCACAUACCCCUUAUUGCAAACACCUCUCCUCAAAGGUAAAAAUCAAUACCUUUAUAUACAAGAUUAGCUUAGUUCUGUGUAGAAUAUUUGUAUUUAAUCACAUAUCCAAAAGACUUCUUCAUUUUUUUGUGUCAUCAGAUAAAGUGUCAUGGGAAUAAAGGCUUUCAGUUCUGGUUUUAAGAUGUUCAUUUUUGCAUGGGAUAUUUUGUCAGCUUUAAUCAUUUUUCUUUUUAUCCGCCAAUUUAUUUUCACUUAUUUUUCCAGUAUAUAUACAAUUUUUUUCUUUGUUUAGAUUUUUUUUCCUGGGUUAAAUUUUCAUACAAAUGUAUUUUCCGAUAUUCCAACAUUCAUUUCCAUGUAUUUGAAUUAGUUAUACACAUUUUGUUGUGCAUGUAUGUGGGUAUAAUGAUUGGGAGCUAAGUGCAUAAUGUGAUUUUUGUCAUAUUUGGUAUUUAAACUGUGUGAAAAAUAAAUUUAAGCAUGUAAUAGACAGCUUUAUAGCUUAAAUUAUAAAAAAAAUUCAAGCUUUGGUGCAAUUCAUAUGGUUGCCAGUUAAAAAUCUUUUGAUUGAGAUUAAUGAUACACACAUGGUAUUUUUGAACAAAUUGUUAAAUAAUUAGAAUUUGAUUGUUUUUACAUCACAUAUUAACCUAGAUGUUUUGAACACAAACUUUUUAAUUUUUAAAAAGCAAAGUCUUUAGCUCACUCAUUUCUCUUGCAAUAUAAACUUAAAUCAAUUGAUGAGUACAUGUUACCAGUAUAUACAUGUAUGUAUACUAUGUUAAAAAAAAAGUCUGUUAUAAAUAUUUUAAGUAACAA